ACUCUUAAACUCUUUACAAUAAUAAACACUUCCGAUACUGAUCGUCAGUGCGUGAUUGUGCGCGCGUGUUUGUGAUAUCUUAUAUUGUUCGAAAGUGAUAUUUGAACAACUUCCUCGAAGAUGAUGCAUCGCCUUAUUCUCGCCCUCGCGGCGCUUCUGGUGUUGCUGAUGAUCGGUGAGGCGCGUCGCGUCGCUCCGCUACUCGAAGACGACUUGGCCAGGAGACCGCAUAGACCGGCAGAAUGUAUGUUUGGCAAACAGAUUCGCGAGCUGGGAUCCACGUGGUACGCAGAUCUCGGUCCACCGUUCGGCGUGAUGUACUGCAUCAAAUGCGAAUGCAUACCGGUGCAGAAGAAACGUCGCAUCGUUGCCAGGGUUCAGUGCAGAAAUAUCAAGAACGAAUGCCCAAAACCAACAUGCGAAGAACCCGUUCUUUUACCGGGUCGAUGCUGCAAAACGUGUCCCGGUGACUACAGCCCGGAUAUUGCUCACGAUGUUCCUCCGCAGAUUAACCCCGAAGAAGAAGAACGCAGUCUCAAACAUUUCGCGACCCUCCUUACCGGAAAAACGUCGCUACCACUGCGCCGGGAUGACCUGACGCCAUCGUCGGCGUUGAACGACGCCUACAACUACGUAGCAACGGGUCGUUUCAGUUUCCACCGUAAAAACCUCUACUACUCGUUCUACCUGAGCAGUUCAACACCGCGUCCACGGAGCCUCCAGUUCGUCGACAUGUCGGGCAGCAUCCUCGAGGAGCAAACGAUAAACCCGAUCGGCGGUGUGUACCAAAACGCGACGGGUAAGCUCUGCGGCGUGUGGCGAAGGGUGCCUCGGGACUACCGGAAGCUUCUACGGGAGGAGCGUCUCCACGUCGCGCUGAUCUGGGGACCGUCGGCGACGUUGACCGGGCAGCUGUCCCGAUACCGAUCGCUGGCUACGGAGCAGUUCUCAGCUCUCCUGGAGCCCACGACGGGCGCUGAUCGGUCGCUGAUGUCGGGGGCGGGAGCGACGGCGAUAGUCUCUGCGUCGACGGCGUCGGCGCCGUCGGUCCACGUGCUGCUGAUAUUCAACGGGAUGUUUUUCCCGAGCGAGAUAUCCGACGUCCCGAUAACCGUGCAGCUCGAGCACCUAGAGAAACGCUACGUGAUACUCCGCGAGGACAUAAUCGUGGGGAAGCCGUCGAUCGAGAGGAACAUCGGCGAGGUACGAAGCGCCUUAUCGGGUGCCGAUCUGCGGCUUCUGGCUCGCGGGAAACUCGGCAUCACCGUUUCCUCCAGGUCCGAUCCCCAGGCGUUGAGCCUCCACGGCGCCGUCGGUCCCCGGGCGACCUGCGACCUCUAUCAGACCCUCCUCUCCAGCGAGGCUCCCUCCUCAGCUUCGGGCCUCGCCUGGGCCUUUCUGGAUCGCGGUGGCGCCCUGAGGUACGGAGUGCAGCUCGUCGGCCUCGAGGACGAGAGUCCGAUACUGACGCUCGUCGACGAGGGUGGAAAACGGCGAACUGAACUCGAGGAUCUGACGCCCGCCCUCCUUUCCGGUCUCGCUAACGGCUCCAUCGACCGACCAGGACCUCGACUUCUAGAGCCUCUCUUCUCCGGCGAACUCGGCGUCGUCGCAGCUUCUCACCUCGGCUCCGUCCUCCGCGGACGACUUUUCCAAAAGCCCGUUGCCGAUGCUCGCGAUACCUCUGCGCCGAUCCUUCUCCGACGUACGGACCCGGAGCCCGUCGCUUCGGGGAUGGCGGGUCUCGUUUGGGCGAGCGUGGACCUUGACUGUACACUUCACUAUGAGCUGGAGAUAACAGGACUCGCCGACGGUGAACGGACGCUGCAACUUCACCUCGAGACGAUGCCGCUUAUCGCUCAGGGCGCCCCCGUAGCUCGACGACUCCUCGAGGAGUUCACCGGCCCGGUUCUCGAGGGUUCGGUCACCGGACUGUCGCCCGUUGAACUCUACCGCAUUGAGUCCGGCAUCAGCUACCUCGAGGUUAGGGACAAGGCCCUCGGUGCCGUACUCAAGGCCCCUUUCAGGACUCGAACACCCCUCAGCUGCCUGCCGCACUACGCCGAUAACGACGUCGCUUCCGUCGUUGCCUAUAAUAUGCAGCCGCCCAGGGCUGACGUUGAGAACAGCGCGUGCUUCCACGAGACCAGGUUCUACGAGGAGGGCACUCAGUGGACCGCCAAGUCCGACGUCUGCACCAUGUGCCAUUGUCAUCGUGGACUCACUUCCUGUGACACUGUACCUUGUCCUGUCACUCCAUGCGCUAAUGGACAAGUUAUGAAGACCAUGCCUGGACAUUGCUGCCCUGUUUGCACGACUGUGUCGAACCUGAAUGAGACGCAGAGCAAUGCAACGACGACGACGACACCAGGAUCCCGAGGGUGCAUGUUGGCCGGUCAAUAUCACCUCGCUGGUGCCGCUUGGCAUCCCUACGUACCUCCGGCUGGUUUUGACACCUGUGCCGUCUGCACCUGCGACGUUGUCACCUUGGAGGUUAAGUGUCCACGUGUGCAGUGUCCGCCCUUGGACUGUGAUGAGAAGAUGGCUUUCAGGCCCGAUAAGAAGGCCUGCUGCAGACUGUGUCCGCCUGCUUCGAAGAGCGUUGCGACGCCUUCCACGGGAGAUAUGCUUCCUCGUGAUCAGGCGACGGUUUCGACCCGGCGGACCGCCGAGGAAAUACUCGCAGGUGGUGGAUGCAAGUAUCCCGUUGGCGGCCCCUUUGAAAACGGCAAGGAGUGGCAUCCUCGUAUUCAUUCUCACGGCGAGAUGAAGUGCGUGAAAUGCAAGUGCAAGGAUGGUGAAGUUAAAUGCGAUAGAAAACGGUGUCCCAGGGCUUUGUGCAACACAAUUGCCCGUCAAAAAAAACAGGGCUCUCAAGUGUCGGACAUCGACGACUGUUGCUCGGUGCAAUGCAGACGGGCGCGUCGUCAUCAUCGUCUUCAUCAUCACCAGAAGCGGACGUCCCGACGCGAACUGAGGAGCUGAGCUGGGCGCAAUAUUUGCGGCAUCGCCAGAGCCCCUAGAAAAACGCGUCUCUAUGCUUCGGCGAUUUUUCUGGUUCCGCGGGGACUCUAGUCGAAGAAACCUCGUCGCCUCGUUCUGCUGUUCGCGAUGGCAAUAGAAUUCUAUAUCCCCCGCCCUCCUAACCCCCUCCAUUUUUUACUCAGGGUUAGUUGCUGCACCUACCCAC